CCAAACCCUACGUCAGGCUUCACUCUGUGGCGCCCCCAGCUGGCAAACAUGCCAUGUUGGUCUGCAGCGUCUUUGACUUCUACCCCAAACGGAUCAAAGUGAGCUGGCAAAGAGACGGACAGGAAGUCACCUCUGAUGUCACUUCCACUGAUGAGCUGGCAGACGGUGAUUGGUACUACCAGAUCCACUCCCACCUGGAGUACAUGCCCAAGUCUGGAGAGAAGAUUUCCUGUGUGGUGGAACAUGCCAGCCUGAGUAAACCUCUGAUCACUGACUGGGAUCCAUCCAUGCCUGAGUCAGAAAGAAACAAGAUCGCUAUUGGGACCUCAGGACUGAUCCUGGGUCUGACCUUAUCUCUGGCUGGAUUCAUCUACUACAAGAGGAAGGCCCAAGGACGGAUCCUGGUUCCCACUAACUGAGUCUUGUCCUGGACCUGGACUUGGUCCUGGAUCUAUUUCUGUUUUCCUGAUGGAAGUAAAAUUAGCUGCUGCUUCAACCUGCUUUCUGUUUUCAGUCCAGCAGACUCAGCGCUGCCACCUGCUGGACUUGCUGAACACCAAAUUCUCUGAUGGUCUGUGCUGGUCUGAACCUGAUCUAGAACCAGUCCUGUUCUCACUGUGGAUCCAGACUCUGGUACAUCUGCUGGAUCACAAACACCUGAUUUGUUGCUUCACGGUGUGAAAUCUAUAUUUUUUUCUCAUCCUCCUGUUGUUAAACAGUUUUAAAUCCUCUUUGAUUCAGAUCUCAGGUGUCUAUACUUUUACUGUUUUCUAAUCACAAUAAACUUUGAAACUAAGAAA